AUGGCAGAAUUAGAUUUUGAAGGGCUUAAUAUGUUUGAAGAGCCAGAAGACUUUCGUCCUUCUACUCCUCCGCCAAAAACCGUUCUUCAUGAGCGAAAGACUUUUCCCAAUGGACCAAAAGAAGUUGAACUACAACUCGUAGGAUCGCAUUCUCUAUGGGCGCACUACUUAUGGAAUAGUGGUAUUGUGCUAGCAAACUACAUCGAUGCGCAUCCAGAAACUGUUCAAGGAAAGGUUGUUUUAGAGUUUGGAGCAGGUGCUGGCUUGCCCUCUAUUAUAUCUGCUUUUGAUGGUGCUAAACACGUUGUCUGCUCAGACUAUCCGGAUCCCCCUCUUAUACAAAACCUUGAAAGAAAUAUCCAAAGCUUCAAUGAAGUAAACGGUAGAGCUUCUGCUGUCGGUUAUUUAUGGGGAUCAGAUAUUCAAGACCUGCGAAAUUAUGCUGGUCUUUCUCAAGAUCAAUACUUUGAUGUUUUACUGUUAUCAGAUUUGAUUUUUAAUCAUACAGAACAAACAAAGCUCGUCCAUUCUUGUAAAGCAGCUAUGGGUGACAACAAGCAUGCCAUCGCUUAUGUGUUUUUCACGCACCAUCGCCCUCAUUUCGCUGACAAGGACCUGCUCUUUUUCGAAAUUGCAAAAGAGCAUGGUUUUUUGGUAGAAAAAAUAGUGGAAGAAAAGAGGGAACCCAUGUUUGAGCAUGAUCCUGGCGCCCGCGAAGUUCGUGCGACUGUUCAUGGUUACACGAUGCGUUUACUUCAUGAGUAA